UUUGAAUGGACCCGCCUUGUAUACAAGCGCUCCUCUCCCCUCUUCCGGGUUCCGGCCGGCUCGCAGGAGUGGACAGGUACUACACGAUUCCGUCGCCUCAUUGGUUGCUCUCCUGCUCCUGCCCGCCCGGCUGCUCGCAGAACUUCCUGCCGUCUCCUUCUCCACGGGUUGCGCGUUCCUUAGGUCCUUCCAGAUGCUUAUUCUCCCUUUUCUUUCUUGAAUUGUAUUACCAGGGUGGAACAUCGUCCUGCACAGAUUUUGGAUAAGAGGGCUCUUUGGAUAAACUCUUGCCACAUAUUCAGGAGACGUUUGAACGUCCUUCAGCGGCGUCGUAUAGAAAGCAGAUCAACUAGACCUUGAUCCUACAUCAGAAGAGGAUGGGUUUCUUCUCAUUCUUUCUUGUGGCUUCUAUGCCAAUCGUCCAGGUCCUGCUCAUUGGUGUCGUUGGAGCUUACCUGGCCUCUGGCUUCAGCAAUGUCCUGACCACAAGUGCUCGAAGGGACAUGAACAAGGUCGUUUUUACCGUCUUCACCCCAUCUCUGAUGUUCGCUAGCCUCGCCAAGACGGUCACUCUCGAGGAUGUCAUUUCUUGGUGGUUCAUGCCAGUUAAUAUAGGAAUCACAUUCUUUAUUGGUGGAUCUCUGGGUUGGAUAGCAUGUAACAUAUUGAAGCCACCACAGCACUUCAGGGGCCUGAUCAUGGCCUUCUGCUCAGCAGGCAAUCUUGGAAACCUGCUAUUGAUCAUUGUCCCGGCUGUCUGUGAUGAAGACGGGAACCCGUUUGGGAAGGAUCGGAGCAUUUGCCGCUCACGUGGGCUCUCCUACUCGUCAUUGUCCAUGGCUCUCGGUGGCCUUUUCAUAUGGACAUACACAUACAGCCUGAUGCAGAAGUCAGGUAAACUGUAUCACAAGAUGCAGUCCAAAAGCAUCCAGUGCUCGGCCGACAGCGACGAGGAGCAAGCCAAACAAGAUGGUCCAGCCGCCUACAAUGACGAGGAGGCACCUCUUCCGACGUCAGUUAAGCCUGAGGAGCAGACGGAUGAGAAUCCAAUGGAGGCCCCGCUCUUGUCCUGCGAAAGCGAGGUAGCCGACAAGGGAUUCUGGACAAAUCUCAAGGACACUGUCCACCAGUUCGUCAAGGAGCUGAUGGCACCACCAACAAUUUCCGCGUUAAUUGGGUUUGUUGUUGGCCUGGUCCCAUGGCUGAAAUCCCUAAUCAUCGGCGACGGAGCUCCGCUCAAAGUCUUACAGGAUUCCCUCCACCUGAUGGGCGACGGCACGAUUCCUUGCAUCACUCUCAUCCUAGGUGGAAACCUGACGCAAGGGCUUCGGAAGUCGGGGCUCAAGCGCACGGUGAUCAUCACGAUCGUCUGCAUACGCUUCGUGAUCCUGCCGCUGAUCGGGAUCGCCGUUGUCCAUGCCGCGUACGGAGUCGGGUUCCUGUCCCACGACCCGCUCUACCGCUACGUGCUCAUGGUGCAGUUCGCCCUGCCUCCUGCGAUGAACAUUGGAACCAUGGCUCAGCUGUUUGAUGUUGCACAGGAGGAGUGCUCCGUGAUCUUUCUCUGGACGUACCUCGUUGCCGCGGUUGCGCUGACGACAUGGUCGACGAUCUUCAUGUCCAUUCUGUCUUAAUUAAGUCACGGCAUCUGGCCGACGCAUGGUCGCAUUUUGCGAGCCUGUGCUGCGCAAGCAUUCAGCUAGCCAGGGAGAGGAUACGACGUUGGAUAUCCCUACCUGUAUAGCGUAGCAGUAUAAAUAUGUAAUUUGCAGUAGACUAUGAUCAAUUGAUCAUUUAGGUAAUUAUUGAUUGUUGCAUUGUGUAUUUGUGUUGAUCUGAUGGCUGACCUGUUGGUUGGCAUAGCUCAAACCAUUCAUGGAGAUAGGGUUGCAUUUUUUAUCUA